GUAGUCUGCACAUUUCAGAUCGUUAUCCAUCUCAGUCACACCAAACGCAGUGCUCUGAUGCCUGGCCGUCGCUAUGGGAACGCACUGACUGGCAGAGCAAACUUUGGACGCCGUUGGCGACUCUGACUGCCCGGUUAGCUACUGUAGCUAGAUACUUUUGCGAAAAACAAUGAAAUAUCUAACAUAGAGAAAUACAUUUAGUUUUCAUGGACAAAAUGACGUGGAGAAAUAUCGACCCUUUGUCACUUGACGAGACCAUUGAUGAGGGGAAGGAGGAGAAGGAUGUGGAGAAGAGAAGUGCCUCGGUGUGGGAACAUCAGGAGCUUGCCCAGGUAUCAGAUUCCCAUCAAGGUGCUGAGGGGUCACACAGACGCUGUCACCAGCUGUCACUUCUGCUUUGACGACACCAAAGUCCUGACCAGCUCCCACGACAAGACGGCCAUUCUGUGGGACACAGAGACUGGCGCCGCCCUGCUGGUGUUUGAGAGAGGACAUCUGUCCGGCAUCUCUGAGUGUGCUGUGAUUCCUGACAAGAAAAGGCUGAUUACUGCGUCAUGGGACAAGACCCUAAAUGCAUGGGACCUGGAGACUGGCAAGAUCAUUUGGACUGCACCUCAGGCUGGUCUCCUGACCUCAUGUAGCGUCUCAGAGGACGGGAAGUACGUCGUCUCCUCCUGCGACCCGGAGAGCGCAAUCUGCCUGACCUCGGCUGAUACAGGGGAGAGGCUCUUCCACAUCAAAGAUCACCACAAGUCUACGAUCACGCGGUGCCGGUUUGACCCUCAGAGUCAGCACGUAGCCAGUGUCUCUGUAGACAGAACCAUCAAACUGUGGGACCUGGUCUCCACCAAAACCACCCUCUCCAUCAACAGCACCCACACCAACGUCGUCUCUAACUGCUGUUUCACUGCUAACGGACGCUACUUGUGCACUGCAUCAUGGGACAAGACACUGCAGCUGUGGGACGUCCAGACAGGAACAUUCCGUUCCCACGGUGGCCUGACCCUUAGCAAGGGACACGAUGGAUCCGUCAGCUCCUGCACCUUCUCCAUGGAUGGGUCAGUCCUGGUGUCUGGGGCGUAUGAUAGAACAGUGGCUGUGUGGAACAUGGAGACCCUCUGCAAGACCCUGGAGUUGAAGGGACAUGCAGAUUGGGUGACAGAUGUGGCAAUCAGUGCUGACAAAAAAUGGGUGGCCUCAGCUUCCAAGGACACCACUGUCAGGUUGUGGAAUAUAGAGAACUCUGAGGAGAUACCUGCCGUUAUUGAGACCAGGAAGGCUCAGGGAAUGGGCUAUCAUAUCCUCCAGUGUGAGGAGUGUGGAAAGGCUUUCUCCAUUUCCCGACUGGAGAACUCCGACUUGGUCACAAAGUGUGUGUUCUGCCGAUUGAAGACAGAAACCAGAUCCCAUCUUCAACCUCCUCCUCUGUCGUCUAGUGUUCUGUCGAUUGAAGACAGAAACCAGAUCCCAUCUUCAACCUCCUCCUCUGUCGUCUAGUGUUCUGCCGAUUGAAGACAGAAACCAGAUCCCAUCUUCAACCUCCUCCUCUGUCGUCUAGUGUUCUGCCGAUUGAAGACAGAAACCAGAUCCCAUCUUCAACCUCCUCCUCUGUCGUCUAGUGUUCUGCCGAUUGAAGACAGAAACCAGAUCCCAUCUUCAACCUCCUCCUCUGUUGUCUAGCGUUCUGCCGAUUGAAGACAGAAACCAGAUCCCAUCUUCAACCUCCUCCUCUGUUGUCUAGCGUUCUGUCGAUUGAAGACAGAAACCAGAUCCCAUCUUCAACCUCCUCCUCUGUUGUCUAGUGUUCUGUCGAUUGAAGACAGAAACCAGAUCCCAUCUUCAACCUCCUCCUCUGUUGUCUAGCGUUCUGCCGAUUGAAGACAGAAACCAGAUCCCAUCUUCAACCUCCUCCUCUGUUGUCUAGUGUUCUGUCGAUUGAAGACAGAAACCAGAUCCCAUCUUCAACCUCCUCCUCUGUUGUCUAGUGUUCUGUCGAUUGAAGACAGAAACCAGAUCCCAUCUUCAACCUCCUCCUCUGUUGUUUAGCGUUCUGUCGAUUGAAGACAGAAACCAGAUCCCAUCUUCAACCUCCUCCUCUGUUGUCUAGUGUUCUGCCGAUUGAAGACAGAAACCAGAUCCCAUCUUCAACCUCCUGCUCUGUUGUCUAGGAAUUGAAUGUAUUAUUUUAUAAUGCUUGUAUGUUACUGUAUAUAACUAAGUCCUGUGUUUAUGGAGUAUUAUAUCCUGUUAAAACUGUAUUUGUUGAUUGAUUUUGUCAGACAAUAACUAAAGUAUCACUGCAUCGCAGUGCUAGCUGUGCCACCAGAGACUCUGGGUUCGAGUCCAGGCUGUAGCAGCCGGCCGGGAGACCCAUGGGGCGGCACACAAUUGGCCCAGCGUCGUCCGGGUUAGGGGAAGGUUUGGCCCAGCGUCGUCCGGGUUAGUGGAGGGUUUGGCCCAGCGUCGUCCGGGUUAGUGGAGGGUUUGGCCCAGCGACGUCCGGGUUAGUGGAGGGUUUGGCCCAGCGUCGUCCGGGUUAGGGGAGGGUUUGACCGGCAGGGAUGUCCUUGUCCCAUCGUGCAUUAGCGACUCCUGUGGCGGGCCGGGCGCAGUGCACGCUGACCAGGUCACAAGGUGUUUCCUCCGACACAUUGGUGCGGCUGGCUUCCGGGUUAAAGUGGGCAUUGUGUCAAGAAGCAGUGCGGCUUGGUUGGGUCGUGUUUCACGGCUCUCGACCUUCACGUCUCUCGACCUUCGCCUCUCCUGAGUCCGUAUGGGAGUUGCAACGAUGAGACAAGACUGUAACUCCCAAUCGGAUACCACGAAAAAGGGGUAAAAAAAUAUGUAAUAAAAUAAAAUAGAAAUAUCUAAA